AUGACAUUGAUGCCAACCACACAAACUCCAACUGCUAGCCCAAGGCAAGCCUGUGAACCUGUAGUGCAGCUAUACAGUGAAAAUUUUGAAAGUACAGGAUCUGAGCAAGGCUGGGUUGACGGUUCCAUCGAUUAUGGUGCCGCUGUUUCGCACUUCCUGGGCCGGUUAGGAACUGGACACGAGGAAGUAUCAAGGUCUUUCCUCAUUCCUUCAUCACCUGGGACAGGAUCAGUUGACGCACAUGCUGUGACGCUUCAGUUCAUUUUGUAUCAGAUUGAUGAUUGGACACCGGAUGACAAAGCCUAUGCUAUCAUCAAUGGAAUCUACGUUGAUCUUGGACAGAUGUCUGCAACCAGUUUUAGUGGACCAUUGUCCGGAUUCCAAAAUGGAAUUUCUUGGCAGCGUGAAACUAUCCUACAGGGAAGCAACUUCGAUGGUAAAUCACAGCUGGACAAGAAACAUGCAGUGCUGCUCACCGUCCCUGCCAGCUUCUUCAACAACAGUACGAUUACUGUAGCAUUCAGGGUUGAAACAACUGAAGAUAUUGACAACGAAAGUGCUGGAAUUGAUAAUAUCGUUGUUAGUGCACAAUAUGACUGUGAAACCAUGAGUCCAUCAGUUGCCCCAAGCACUGCAAGUCCCAGCUAUGAAUGUGUGCUAGAGGUGGGACUGGACAACCAAGACUACACUGUGGAUGCCCCAGAGAGUGAUUUGGCAUCAUUGUAUGCACCAAACUUCUCUCAGUUCCUUGGUCUGCUUGGCUCUGGAAGCAACAACAUGGGUGUUUCCAUUACCAUCCCUCCAAGCACUGGAGAAGCCAUGAAUGCUGACUUGCUCAGCAUUGAAUUCAACCUGUACCAGAUUGAUGAAUGGAAUCCUCAAGACAAGAUCUUUUUGCAGAUUGGCGACAUUGAGAUUGAUCUUGGUGAGAUGGAUGCCACGAGCGUCAGUGAACCCCUUGAUGGCUAUGAGGGUGGCAUCACUUGGCACCGUGACACUGUCACACAGUGUGUCAAUCUUGACUUUGGAGAUCAAAUGGAUAAGAAGCAUGCUGUAGAGCUGACAAUCCCUUCCAGCCUGUUCCCAGACAACAAGCUGGACAUUGGUUUCCGUGUUGAGACAAGUCUGGACCUUGGUUCUGAGAGUGCGGUGGUGGAUGAACUUCGAGUCACUGCUCACUAUGACUGUGAAACCUCAGGACCAGUAUCGACCUUGGCUCCUUCGGCCCCAAGCCCAACUACCUUGGCCCCCAAUGGAAUUCCCACAACCAGCAGCCCCACAACUCCAGCACCAACCAUGCUGCCCAGAUGUGCACCAACAGCUGCACCAACAUCUAUUGAACCAACUUCAGAAGCUCCAUCUACUCUCAGCCCAUCUUUGACCACUGUUGCUCCCACUGGUCCCCCAACUGGUACUCCUACCUCUGCACCAACAACAGUCAGCCCAACUGUUGCUAGUGGGCACCCCAGUUCAUCACCAACAACUGGGAUUCCAACAGCUGCUCCAACCACCCUACCGACAGGUCCCCCUGUAGCAUAUCCAACUUCCAACUGGCACCCCAACUGGAGUGCCAACCAAGACUCCAACUGA